AUGUGGUGUGAUGAUAUAGCGAUGUUCCUUUUGGAAUUUUUAGCCGCUCUCUGUGCGGUAGCAGUGUGUGGACCUUGUUUUCUAGCGUGUGCAAGAAGGCUUAUACUCGGUGAUGAACUGUUAAGGUCAGGAGGGCACAUCAUCCAUGAAGCCGAAGUGAUGGGCUGUGAUGAACCAGCUUGCCCCUAUUACAAGAAGAAUGUGAAGUACCUUAUGGUUCCUGCUAUGAAACGAAGACAAUACAAUUCACCAGCUCGUCCAUGCUCUUAA